UACAUACACAAACCAUCGCGACAUGUAGGAACGUAUCUCGCAAUGAGGGCAAGGUGAGGAGGAACCCCCCCCCCCCCCCGCCGGAUCGGCCCGUCCACGAGACGCACGGCAGAGCGGCGCGCGUCACAGGACGGAUGACAGAGGGAGCGGAGCGCGGACCGGGAUCCAGCUGUGGGAGACGGGACGUCGACGUCCAGAAGCAGGAGCUGUGGGGACGCCGUCCGGCGCUUGCCUAGGACAAGGACAGAAAGCUACGCUGAAUCUUGUAGUUAAGAAAGAAGAGAAAAGCAAAAAAAAUUAACCACAUCAAGGACUUCGGGAAGUCAGCAAGAUCUGGGAACUACAUCCUACACAACUCAGCUUUCGAAGACUUCGGUGGACAUUUCAACUCUCUCUGUUCUUGGCCACCCAGGGGAGGCGGUGGAAGAUUAAAUCACAUGCUCCUUGAAGAGUGAACACAAACCAACCCUUCCGAGACCUCAUUCUCAAGUAUUUGAGUGCCCUUGAAAACUUUGUGAGAGCUUAGAGCAUCACAAACCUUCCUAAAGUAAUUUGCUUGUCUCACUCAAAGGAAGUAUUUCUCAUAAAAGAAGAAUUUGAUGUUGUUUUACUGAGGGCCCAAAAAGAGCCAACAGCCACAGCCCACAAGAGAGUCUCAGAGAAGCUUUUGGAGAACAUUUAUUUGGAGGAGAAGAUUGUGGAAGUGACAGAGGUGAUGGGUAACAAGAACACCGGCUUGCCUAAAGGUACCGACACUGGGCUUACUCAGAAAGAGGAAGGGAUGUUCAUGGAAAGUACCACAGGAAGCGUCUCCGGAGAUGGACUGCUGGGCCUCAGCCCGGAGCUGCUGGCCUCCCUGCAGUCCCUCGGAGAAAACAGAGACUACACACUGCUCCCACACUCCCUGCAUCAGAUUGCAGAGGCCUACUCACUCCAAGAAGAAUACCAGUCGGCCAUUCAGUUCCUACAGCUGGAGAAACUCUACCAUGAGCGCCUGCUCUCCAACCUCGCCACCCUGCAGGAAAACUGGGAGAGCCGGUGGAGAGAGAAGAGCCCUGAGAGCAGCGUGACGGCUGAGACAGACACCGUCAGUCAGAAGCACAUGGAGACCCUGAGCCAGAUCUGUAGGACACAUCCCAGACCAUCCAUCAGUGUGAAGCAGAACACUCUAAAUACAAUGCUGAGCGACAUCCCGAUCAAGAACCUGACACUACAGUCCUGUCACGAUAAAGUCAACAAUCCCAAAACAUCACAUGUGGACGGAGAAGAAGAGCAAAACGUCAACUCAGGAUCAGCGCCAUCUGCAGCGCAGAUAAGCUGUCAGGAGGAAGGUGGGGAAGAGGAGCAAGGAGAAGAGAAGAUGUGUGACGAAGGUCAGGAAGUGGAAAAGGAGGAGGAGCUGUGUGAGGUAACACCAGAGGAGGAGGAGGUGAAGGUGGAGUGGCCAACAGGAGUCCCACAGGCUUCAGACAAGGACCUUGCCAAACUGUCCCACACAGAAGGGAGUUCCUCCCCUGAUGGUCUGGUCUCCAUCCUGAAGAGGAGGAGAGCGUCACUGGACGGACUGCCUCCCCCCAGCAACACUGAAACUAAACUCAACUCCCAACGCAAAGUUCGCUUCAGUGAACCGGAGGACGGCAUUGAGCAAGAUGAGGUCGGUGGAGAUUCCUGCCUGAUCCUCCUGCUGCUGUGUCUGGUUACUGUGGUGAUCAGCAUAGGCGGGACCGCUCUCUACUGCACCCUGGUGGACACUUACUCCAACAUCUGCACCGACUUCACUCAGAACGCCAACUUCUACGUCGCAAACGCCAGGAGGUUCUUUGACGGGCUAAGUCUCUGGCUGCCCCAGCGGACUUGAGGCAGUUCCAUCUGCAUUCUGCAGACACCUGUGCUGUAAUGGAAACUGUGAAACAAGUUAGAGAGGAUGAGAGACAUCCCGAGUUGAGAGACUGCACAGACGUGGGACCUACAGGCAUCAAUCUAACGCCGCCAUCCAGAGUUGUGUUUAAAGCUAUGAUUUCUCCUUCAGUCACUGGACUUGUGGCUGAAAAGAGACUUGCUUGUGCAAACAGACUAAGAUCGGGUGCUCAGAGCAACACACUGAAAAACUGUCCAACUUUCUUCACCUCAGAAGAAAAACGUGACCAUGUGUGCAUGCUGUGGGACGAGAGUUUAAAACUAAAACCUCUUUGUUUUCUACCGUCUGUGUGGAUGCUUCAUCUUCAAAACUGAACCUCACAGAUAACCCACACUGGAGGGCUCACAACUCUCAGCCAUAUUUAUAUUUUAACAGAAGUAGUUUUAUCAGAUGUAGUAUAGUAUUUCCCUCAGUCGUAGCUGUUGAUAAAUGUGUGUUUUGUUUCAGAGGCUCUUCUUCUGGUGGUUUAUAUUUUGUACGAUGAGAAGUGGUCUUUAGCAUCAAUGGUGUGUGUUGGUUUCUUUUUAACAUUAAUGGACCAGGUGCUGAUUUUUACUUCAUUUUAACCUUAUUCUACCAUCCCUGUCUGCUCGUUUGACCCGUGUCUAUCAGUCACGUACGCACAGCACAACAACGACGAUUCAUAUUAUUCUGAAACACCAGAUAGAGAUGAGACUGUUUACCUCAAUACAAUUCUGACAUUCCUCUUAUCAUCUGAACACGACCAGUUCAAAGAGAAUCAUUGCACUCAAUUUGAUAUUCAGUUACAAAGUGUCCUAUCAAAAAAAGAAGAAGCACAGAAUCAAGGUCUACUAAGUAAUUACACUAUAUAUCAUGGUUAGCAGUAUGCAAAACAGUAAUUCAGCAGCCGCUGGGGAUAAAAAAAAAACUCACUUGUCCUGUGUUUAUACUUUUGGUGCUCUAUGUUUUCAUGUUCAUCAUUUAGUGGGCACUCUAAAAGUCUGACAUCUGGAUUUGGCAUCACUUCCAGUUGUCUCUUGCUGUGUGCAGACAGUAACACCGAGACAUUAAAAGCCUGAUGCAUUGACAAGCUACAUUUGGAUUGUGUUCACUCUAAUUUUAAAAAAAGGCAACAAUUAAGAACAGAAAUUAGGAAAGCGUACAUAAUGACAUAUACCUUUCUCUAAAUGUUCCAUUGUGUUAUCUAACAUGUUCCAUUGAAGCUUCUUUUACAUGGGUUUAAUAUCUAGUUUACAUGGAUUAGGCUGUCUUUGUAUCACUUUGUCCAGAAAGCUGAGGUUUAUGGACCAGCGCUUGUGUUCCAUGGCUGGCUCAAGUAACACAAAAACAGAAAAGAUUGGUGUAAAACUGUUUAAUUGGAAUGGAGAAAAACGAAAAUGUCAGCAUGUUCUUUUAACAUUGUACUGCUUUAAAAAAACAAAAAAACAAACUCCAGAUGUUUGCAAAGUGGUGAACGUCACCUCUGUAUUGUCACUGUGGAUAUUUGGCUACCAGCAAGUGUUGCAUUUUUGCAAAACACCUUUACAUGUUCCAAUAUUUAUGUUCAGUUGUGUCCCAGAGGGAAUAGAAAAAUAUAUUAACAUUC